AUGGCCGACUUUGUCAAGCUCUCGAUUUUCGGGACCGUCUUUGAGGUCACCACCCGCUAUGUCGACCUGCAGCCGGUCGGCAUGGGCGCUUUCGGCCUCGUUUGCUCCGCAAAAGACCAGCUCACCAACACCUCGGUCGCCAUCAAGAAGAUCAUGAAGCCCUUCAGCACGCCCGUGCUCAGUAAGAGGACCUACCGAGAGCUCAAGCUGCUCAAGCACAUCAGGCAUGAGAACAUCAUCAGCCUGAGCGAUAUCUUCAUCUCGCCGCUCGAAGACAUCUACUUCGUCACGGAGCUCCUCGGAACCGACCUGCACCGCCUGCUGACGAGCAGGCCGCUCGAGAAGCAAUUCAUCCAGUACUUCCUGUACCAGAUCCUCCGCGGUCUCAAGUAUGUUCACUCGGCCGGCGUCGUUCACCGCGAUCUGAAACCGAGCAACAUCCUGGUCAAUGAGAACUGCGAUCUGAAGAUCUGCGACUUCGGACUGGCGCGCAUCCAGGACCCGCAGAUGACGGGCUACGUCAGCACCCGCUACUACCGAGCGCCCGAGAUUAUGCUGACGUGGCAGAAGUACGACGUCGCAGUGGACGUCUGGAGUGCGGGAUGCAUCUUUGCCGAGAUGCUCGAGGGCAAGCCGUUGUUCCCAGGAAAGGAUCACGUCAACCAGUUCUCGAUCAUCACUGAGCUGCUCGGUACGCCUCCGGACGAGGUCAUCAAGACGAUCUGCUCCGAGAACACGCUGCGCUUCGUCCAGUCGCUGCCCAAGCGCGAGAGAAUUCCGUUUUCGCAAAAGUUCCGCAACGCCGAUCCGAUGGCGCUCGACCUGUUGGAGAAGAUGCUCGUCUUUGACCCGAGGACACGCAUCAGCGCCGCCGAGGCGCUUGCGCACCCCUACCUGGCGCCGUACCACGACCCCACCGACGAGCCCGAGGCCGAAGAGGCGUUUGACUGGAGCUUCAACGAUGCCGACCUGCCCGUCGACACGUGGAAGGUGAUGAUGUACUCGGAGAUCCUUGACUUCCACAACAUAGACAACUCGGGCCAGGACGAGGGUCCGGUUCCGCCUCAGGCCGGCCAAGCCUGA